GUGGCCGUGGCUGCUGCUACUGCCACCGCGGCUGGCCCGGGCCCGGGCUGGGGGCUUGUGCCUCCGCAGUGGGGUUGAGCCCACAGCCCCGCCCCCACCCCCCUGAGCCUGAGGCCACGGAUCUGCAAGGCGCUGGGCCUUCUCCGCCCGCGCCUCAGCCCCAGGAGCUGGAGCCUAGCGGGGAGCCAGGGCCCCGCGCCCAGGCCCAGACCAUGCAUGGCCACCGAGUCCCGGGGGGCGCUGGGCCUUCGGAGUCCGAACACCCGGCCGCUAAUAUCGCUGGUGCUGUUCUACCGGCCUCUGCCGACUUGGACCUUGGAGUCCUGGAGUCUGGACUGCUGGUGCCUAGGGGCUCAGCCUCGGCUCUCAGCGGCCCCCUGGAUUCCCAGCUUGUCGGACCCUCUGAAGCCAGCCCUGGGGCUGCUCCAGGCCCCCGGGUUUUACCCUGCGGGCCCAGUCCACAGCACCACCGGGCCCUACGCUUUUCCUACCACCUGGAGGGUUUGCAGCCCCGGCCUGGACUGUACGAGGGAAACCGUAUUCUGGUUAAAAGUUUGUCCCUUGACCCAAGCCAGAGUCCUGAGUCUCAUCCAGAAGGCCCCCAGUGGCUUCGCUCAGAACCAGGUCCCCCAACUGAGACUUCUAGUCAACGCCCUUCACCACUGAAGCGGGUGGCAGGCCCAAAGCCACAGGUCCCCCCGAAGCCCAGUUACCUGCAGAUGCCCCGGAUGCUCCCUCCAUCAGAACCCAUCCCCCCUCCACCAUCACGCCCACUGCCUGCAGAUCCCCGAGUGGCCAAGGGCCUGGCCCCUAGGGUGGAGGCUGGUCCCAGUUCAGCAGCAGUAUCUUCACUGAUUGAGAAAUUUGAAAGAGAGCCUGUGAUUGUGGCCUCGGAUAGGCCAGGCCCUGGCCCCAGUCCAGUUCCCACAGAGCAAGCCAUGUUGCCACCACCACCCAUGCUGCAGUCCCAGCUCCCUGAGGGUGAGGCCUCCCGCUGUUUGUUCCUGCUGGCUCCUGGGCCCCGGGAUGGUGAGAAGGUGCCCAACCGGGACAGUGGAAUUGACAGCAUCAGCUCACCAUCCAACAGUGAGGAGACCUGCUUUGUCAGUGAUGACGGGCCCCCCAAUCACAGCCUCUGCCCUGGGCCCCCUGCCCUGGCCAGUGUGCCUGUUGCUUUGGCUGAUUCCCACCGGCCUGCCUCCCAAGAGGUUGACAGUGACCUGGAUGAGGAGGAGGAGGAGGAGGAGGAGGAGGAGGAGGAGGAGGAGGAGGAGGAGGAGGAGGAGGAGGAGGAGGAUGAUGAAAUGGACAGAGAAAUCCCAGUGUCCCCGAUGGAGAGACAGGAGUCUGUGGAGUUGACUGUGCAACAGAAGGUGUUCCAUAUCGCCAACGAACUCCUACAAACUGAGAAGGCAUACGUUUCCAGGCUUCAUCUCCUGGAUCAGGUAUUUUGUGCCCGGCUGCUGGAAGAAGCUCGGAACCGCAGUUCUUUCCCGGCUGACGUUGUCCAUGGCAUCUUCUCUAACAUCUGCUCCAUCUAUUGCUUCCACCAGCAGUUCCUGCUGCCAGAGCUAGAGAAGCGCAUGGAGGAAUGGGACCGCUACCCACGCAUUGGAGACAUCUUGCAGAAGUUGGCACCCUUCCUCAAGAUGUAUGGAGAGUAUGUGAAGAACUUUGACCGGGCUGUGGAGUUAGUCAACACCUGGACAGAGCGCUCUACCCAGUUUAAAGUCAUCAUUCAUGAGGUGCAGAAAGAGGAAGCCUGUGGCAACUUGACAUUGCAGCAUCACAUGUUGGAGCCUGUGCAGCGCAUCCCUCGCUAUGAGCUGCUUCUCAAGGACUAUCUUUUAAAGCUGCCUCAUGGCUCCCCGGACAGCAAGGAUGCCCAAAAGUCUCUGGAGCUGAUAGCCACAGCAGCAGAGCAUUCCAAUGCUGCCAUCCGAAAAAUGGAGCGAAUGCACAAGCUGCUGAAGGUCUAUGAGCUACUAGGGGGUGAGGAGGACAUUGUCAGCCCUACUAAAGAGCUCAUAAAAGAAGGUCACAUCCUUAAACUGUCAGCAAAGAAUGGGACCACUCAAGACCGAUACCUCAUACUAUUCAAUGACCGUCUCCUUUACUGCGUGCCCAGGCUGCGGCUCCUUGGCCAGAAGUUCAGCGUACGGGCACGUAUUGACGUAGAUGGCAUGGAGCUAAAGGAAAGCUCCAACCUCAAUCUGCCUCGAACCUUCCUGGUUUCAGGAAAGCAGCGCUCCCUGGAGCUCCAGGCCAGGACUGAGGAAGAGAAGAAAGACUGGGUCCAGGCCAUCAACUCUACUCUCCUGAAGCAUGAACAGACUCUGGAGACCUUUAAACUGUUGAACUCAACAAACAGGGAAGAUGAAGACACCCCUCCCAAUUCUCCAAACGUGGAUCUUGGAAAACGGGCACCUACGCCCAUCCGGGAAAAGGAAGUCACCAUGUGCAUGCGCUGCCAGGAGCCCUUCAAUUCCAUCACCAAACGCAGGCACCACUGCAAGGCCUGUGGGCAUGUGGUUUGUGGGAAGUGCUCCGAGUUCCGGGCCCGCCUCAUCUAUGACAACAACCGCUCCAACCGUGUGUGCACCGACUGCUACGUGGCCUUGCAUGGGGUGCCCGGGAGCAACCCCGCCUGCAGCCAGCAUACACCUCAGCGUCGGAGGUCCAUCCUUGAGAAACAGGCUUCAGUGGCUGCUGAGAACAGCAUUAUCUGCAGCUUCCUGCACUACAUGGAGAAGGGUGGAAAAGGCUGGCACAAGGCAUGGUUCGUGGUUCCUGAGAAUGAACCCUUGGUGCUGUAUAUCUACGGAGCCCCUCAGGAUGUGAAAGCCCAGCGCAGUCUGCCCCUCAUUGGAUUUGAAGUGGGGCCUCCUGAAGCCGGGGAGCGCCCUGACAGACGCCACGUCUUCAAGAUCACUCAGAGCCACCUGAGCUGGUACUUCAGCCCUGAGACCGAGGAGCUACAGCGGCGUUGGAUGGCUGUGCUUGGCCGGGCAGGCCGUGGGGACACAUUCUGCCCAGGGCCCACACUGUCUGAAAACAGGGAAAUAGUGGCAGCUUCAGGAGCUACUGUUGAACCCCCUGCUGUUUCCCAAACCGGAGAUAAGAUCUAAAGGGUUUGGGGAUUCCUGGGGAUUCCCCUGUACUAUACUAUUUGCCUAUAUCCAAUUAGGGGUUUUAGCCACCUCCAUCCCAGCUCAGUCAAUACUUGAACUCCCAACACCGGCACUUUCAAUCCUGAAUGCUGGGUCUUGGAUUUUUUAAUUCAUCUUUUCACAAAAUGUGGGCUUAAAGGAAAAAAAAAAACACAACCCUGUUACUAUAAUGAUAGUAAUUUUUAUAUCUUCACAGUGGGAACUAUUGCCAGAUCAGCCUGAAUUUGGCCAUAAUGUGCCCCAUUCACAGAAUCCUACAGAUUCUAUAUCCAUCAGUUCCUCCCAAAGCACCAGAGGCAGGAGAUUCAAGUGCCAGCUCUGCCACUGACUUGUGGCCAGCGUCUUCACAUAUGACUCAGUGUGAGGUGGGAACUGAGCCCCUCCCACCACCCAGCUUCGAGGCUGGGUCCAGUAUUUUAUCAUUUAGACCCAUGGCAGGGCCACUGGGCAGGACAGGGGAAUGGAGGGUGUGAAGGACAAUGGAUAUUGUUUGUUUUGUUUCUAAAGAAAAAUACAGUUUAUUUCAGGCUUACAGAAACUUCCAGAGCAUUUCUAUGCUCCUUUCGUCCAUCUAUUUAUUUGUUCAAAGCACCAAGGUGCUGUGGUGGGCCCAGAAAAUGUACUCCUGUUGAGUGCUAAAGCCCAGCCUCCAGAAGGCUGAUUCUUGAUUUCACAGGAUGAGUCAAGUCACAAAUUAAACAUUAAGGUAUUUAUUAAAUUCUUAAGUCUCAUCCCUAAACUUAAUCGGGAUGGGAUGAAGAGUGGGGAGAGGGGUUGGAGAAGACCGAAGACAAAGGCCACCUCUCCUAAGCUCACCACCUAGCCAGUCUUCGAAUUCCCGAGGGAACCAGGGUUAGAGGAUAAGCAGCAGAAAGGAAGUCUUGUUCUUGAGAAGUUCCAAGUUCUGGGCAGAGCAUACCAUGAUUAAAGGUAUGUGUUACUUAAUGUC